CCCAACUCAACCCAACCCAAGGCACAGCAUAGAAUAAGCGUGUGCGUGCCAUAGGCCAGGGCCACACUAAUCCAAAACAAGAGAAGGGAAAGCAACCAAUAAAAAACACCAACGACACACAAAUCACCAAAUGGCAGAUUGUUUAUCGCACCUCACGCUCUCAUCAUCACCACCAUCACUACCAAUGGCAGCUUCACUCGCAGGCGCCGCCUCUUCUCGUCUCCUCCCCUCCGCUUCUCGCUCUCGUCUGUCUCUAUCCUCCUCCUCAUUUUCCUCUCUCUCUCUCUCUGCGUCUUCUUCUUACUCAGUUUCUCCUCUGAUAUCUCUCCGAUCUUCUCCUAUCGUACCUCGCAUCUUUCUAAAUAAGAAAGGAUCGUUGAUGAGUACGGUUGCUGCGGCGUCGGAUCCUGCUCAGUUGAAGAGUGCCAGAGAAGAUAUUAAAGAGCUUCUCAAGUCUAAGUUCUGCCAUCCUAUUUUGGUUCGAUUGGGAUGGCAUGAUGCUGGAACAUACAACAAGAACAUAGAGGAGUGGCCACAAAGAGGUGGAGCCAAUGGAAGUCUCAGGUUUGAAGUUGAGCUGAAACAUGGAGCCAAUGCAGGACUCGUGAAUGCGUUGAACCUUCUAAAGCCUAUCAAGGACAAGCAUUCUGGUGUAACAUAUGCGGAUUUGUUUCAAUUGGCUAGUGCUACUGCUAUUGAGGAAGCUGGAGGUCCCAAAAUCCCCAUGAAGUAUGGAAGGGUGGACGUUUCAGCACCUAAUGAGUGCCCUGAAGAGGGCCGUCUUCCUAAUGCUGGUCCUCCUAGCCCUGCUGAUCAUUUGAGAGAAGUUUUCUAUAGAAUGGGAUUAAAUGACAAGGAAAUAGUAGCAUUAUCUGGUGCACAUACUUUGGGAAGGUCCAGACCAGAACGUAGUGGUUGGGGCAAACAAGAGACAAAGUAUACGAAAAAUGGGCCUGGAGCUCCAGGAGGACAAUCCUGGACAGCAGAGUGGCUGAAAUUUGAUAAUUCCUAUUUCAAGGAUAUUAAAGAAAAAAGGGAUGAAGACCUGCUUGUAUUGCCAACUGAUGCUGUUCUUUUCGAAGAUCCUGCAUUCAAGGUAUAUGCUGAAAAGUAUGCUGAAGAUAAGGAGGCAUUCUUCAAGGAUUAUGCUGAAGCCCAUGCUAAGCUGAGCAAUGCAGGGGCCAAAUUUGAUCCUCCUGAGGGUAUUGUGUUAGAUGGCGCUGUGGGAGAGCAGUUUGUGGCAGCCAAGUACUCAUCUGGGAAGGAUUAAGAAACAAGUAUCUUGUUUUCUAGUGCCGUAUCUUUUAAUAAUACAGGAUGAAGCUAUUUGCAAUCCUAGGAACUCACAUCUAAAACUUUCCAGUCUAACUGAAGGAGAAAGGAAUAAAAUUCAAUAAAGUAUUACCUAUUUGAAAUGCAGAAAGAACUAUCAGAGACUAUGAAGCAGAAAAUACGAGCAGAGUAUGAAGCAAUUGGUGGAAGCCCAGAUAAGCCUCUACAGUCUAAUUACUUUCUAAAUAUCAUGAUUGUGAUUGCUGUUCUGGCAUUGUUGACAUCUCUUAUCGGAAAUUGAGGUUUUGUUUUGACGAUUAUUAAGAAGAGUGUUUUUUUUUUUUAACAACAAAGAAGAGUAUUGUUUUUGAAUGUGUACAGUAACAUUGUGAAUGAGUGAAAUCUUGUCACCCACAGGAACUGCUUUGUUUCCA